AUGUAUAUACUGGUUAAUGUCAGUAUUGUAUUGAUAUUUCUGGGUUUUCUUAUUAUUGAUUCAGUUAUAUGUAAUGGUCUUUUUUAUUUACAAAGAAUUCCAUCAUCUUGUGUUGAAACUACAAUAAAUAGUACAACAAAUAAUAAUCUUACUAGUAAUUGUUUUAUCUUUGAUUGGCAACAGAUAUCAAAUUUUACUGCUAAUUAUACCACAUAUAUUAAUCCUGAUACAAAUCAAACAUAUUAUGUUUAUAUUGGUGCAUUAACUGUUUUAGGUACAAUUGAUAAUUAUGAUUUAGAUUAUUAUUGUCCACCCACAGGUUAUAAUGGUGUCGGUCCUGGAUGUACAGUUCAAAUAGAUACACAAUUAGUAAUAUUGUAUGUUAAUACUAUAGAUCAAAAAAUAUAUGCAAUUGAUGUUAUACUUUCUGGAACUCCUUUUCCUUCUCUAAGCAAUUUAACUAAUAAUCAACCUCCAUUUGGUAAAGCUCGACAUAUAUUUAGUAGUGGAAUUGCAAUGCAAUCUACUGGAUAUCUCAAAAUCUGUAAAAGUAAUACCAGUACUCAAUGUCCUUUUGCAAGUACUAAUACGUAUAUAUUACCGAAUCCAUUACCCAGUAAUACUGGAUAUGGUAUUUUUGGUAUUCAAGCGAACAGUCUUGUGACGGAUUCUGUGUGGAUUGCGGAUGAUAUUAGAAAAUUAAUUAUUCUUUCUUAUGGUACGGCUUAUUAUUACUUUAAUGCUAGUGGAUUUUUUAUAUAUCAAUAUGACACAAACGCAUGUGCAUGGAUGCCUUCAUGUAACUAUCAAUGUGAAGCUUAUAAUUACAAUUCACGAUUCUUAGAUUAUGCUGGUGUAUGGAUUAUUACAAAGAAAUGGGGUAUUGCUUCUAUGAAACCUGUAGCUGUACAAGCUUGGAUUGGAAACGCAAUUGAUGCAGCUGGCGUUUUUCCUGUUAUAGUGUAUAUUGAUAAUGCAACUGGUCAUUAUAUAGGUUUAGACAAACUUGAUACAGUUAUAGGUGCUAAAAUGGGUGCUACAUAUUGGUAUCUUAUACAUGACGCUACAGUACCAUUGACUAGUAUUGCAACAUAUCGUCCUAGUGUUGUUGAUGUUGGUUGUGUUAGCAAAUUAAGCGAUUGGGCUGGUACGAUGUCUAGUUGUGCAACAUUUUUUAAAUUAAACAAUAUUCAAAUUAUAAUUACCUUAUUAAUUUUAACAUAUAUAUUACGACUCGCUCAGUUAGUCAAUGCAUCAGGAAGUUCUACUUCGACAUCGACGACAGAGAGUGGAACAGUGAUUUCUGCAUUCGUUAUUCAAAAUGAAGAUCAACCACGUGUGCAAUUUGAACUCUUUCCAAAAUUACGACAACUAGAAAUGCGAGUUGACGGCAAACUAUUAGAAUUUACACCACUUUCAGAGCCAGAUGAAUUAUUAUCUUCUUCAUUGAUCUAUUCUGAUGAUCAUCAAUUGAUUCUUCGACAAAGAGAUGCAAAUAGUUACAGUAUUUCUUAUGGUGAAAGUGGACUUCAAUUUAUUGUAUAUCUUCGACCUCAAUUUGAUUUUCUUGAUUUCGUUUCUAUUAUACCAAGUACAUUCAAAGAUAAGAAAAAAUUUCAAGGUAUGCUUGGUGGUUUCGAUGGUCUUGCAUACGCGACUGGAACAAAUGUAUCAACUAGUUUAAAUGAUGAUCAAGCAUUAUUUACUUACGGUGAAUCAUGGCGUAGGACAAGUGAUUCAUCACUUUUCUAUUAUCGUUUUCAGGAUAGUCAUGCUGAACAUCAAGAUUUAAACUAUCGUCCUAUGUUUAAACAAGAUCUUUUUCAAAAAUAUGCGAAUACCGAUCGAUACCAUAUGGCAGAAGAAAUUUGUCGUAAUAUGACUCAUGAACAACAAUGUAUGUUUGAUGUUUUAAUUACGAACGAUGCUACCAUGGGACAAAUGCAUGAAAAAUAUGAAAUGAAUAUUCAAAUAUUAGACGAAUAUAUUGAAUUAGUAACAAUCGAUAUUGAAAAUAGUGAACUUACAACAAGUACAUCUAACAGUGAAAUCACACCAAAACCACAAAAUAGUGCUGUGAAAUAUUUUACAAACGAAAUCUGGAAGAUUACUCUCUUCCUACUGGCUGUCAUCUAUUACUAUUGA